AUGAAUAAUAAUAAUUAUUAUUAUUAUAAGAAAUAUAAAAAUACUUAUAAGAAGACUAGCUUUCUUGAAUCAAAAUAUGAUAAGGUUGUAAACAAUGUGUUAGGUUUAUUUAAAAAAAAUAACAGACACAAAUUUCUUUCAACAUCUUCAGCCUUAUGUAAUGAUGUGCAUGAACAAAUAUUAAGUUCAAGAUUAUUUCUGGAUUUGUGUGAAGAAAAGGAAAUAUUAUUAUAUAAAAUAUUAAAGAAAUUGAAUAUAUUAAAUUUGAUUUAUUUCCGUUUUUUAAAAGAAGAAGAUAUCGAAGAUGUUCAUGAUUUACAUAAAGAAUUAUUUCCAGUAAAAUAUCAUUCAGAUUUUUAUUUCAGCAUAUGUAAUUUUGAUGAUAAUACAAUAAUAGAUGAUGAUAUUAUAAAAAUUAUGGAUAAAAUAACUAGUUCCUUUAAAAAAAGUACAAACACAAAAAGAUACAACAACAAUAAUAAUAAUAGUAAUAGUAAUAAUUGUAGUAAUAAUUGUAAUAAUGUAAAUUCAUAUGAUGAAUUGUCAACAAAUUGUUGGAAUAUAAAUGAUGAUGAAAUGAAUGAUAUGGACAAUUAUUAUGAUCAAGGUGAAUAUUUAGAAGAAACACAAAAUGAUAUUUUAAAUACAUUUAAUAAUUCAAUAGAUGAAAAUGGAACAGAAAAGAAAAAAAUAAAUAAAAAGUGGAAAGAAGAUCAAAUAUUUUCAGUGGGUGUAUUUUUACCAUUUUCUUUUAUCGAUUAUAUUAAUAGUGAUUAUAUAAAUAAAUUAUUAAAGAGAAAAUGUAUAGAAAAGUUGGGAGAAAAAGAUAUUUUACUAGACUAUAUAAAAUUUAUGGACGAUUCUAAUGCUAAAUAUGAAAAAAAUAAUACAAAUGAUAAAUAUGAUAAAUAUGAUAAAUUUGACACAAUUGACAAAAUUGAUACGUUUGACAAAUUUGACACAAUUGACAAAUUUGAUACAAUUGACAAAUAUGAUACAAUUGAUAAAUUUGAUACAAUUGAUAAAUAUGAUACAUAUGGUAAUUAUUAUAAUUAUGAUGAUGGUAAUUCUUAUUGUCAUGAUACUCAUAUUAAUAAUAUGAAGUCACAUUCAAAUUCUACAAAUAAUAGUCAAAAAAGUACUUCAAAUUGCACCUAUGAAUCAUUUAAAACAUAUUGUAACUUUGAAAUGGGGGAUAAACACUAUAAAGAAAAUAUUAAUUAUGAUAAUUUAAAAAAUCAAAAAAGGUUGACAAAUGAAGUAGAUACUAAAGAAAUGUCAGAUUUUAUUUUAUCAUCAAAUGAAUGUAGUAAUAAUAUGAAUGAUAAGGAAACACAAAAUGGAUUUGAUAGUCUAGACGAAGAGGAAGCUUUUAAAAAAGAAGAUAUAGAAGUUAAUCCUAAUAAUAAUUUUUAUGAUUGUAAUAAUAAUUCAUCUCCUACAAAUCAUAUUAAUCAAUAUAAACAUUAUGAUAUUUUUAAUUUUAAUGACAAAAAGGAGGACUACACAAGCUUUAAUAAAUGUAAUAAUAAUAAUUCGAAAAACACUAUUAAUAAUAUGAUGAAUCCGAGUAAUGUUUAUAGAAAUAUAGGUACAUUGCCAUGUAACAUACAAAGAAACAAUAACAACAAUAAUAACAACAAUAAUAACAACAACAAUAAUAAUAAUAAUAUCGACUUUAUCUACAAUAGUGUUAGUAAUAUAAAUUAUGAUAAUGAAAAUAUUUAUAAUAUAUACAAAGAACUUAAAGAAAAGUGUCAAUUAUAUAACGAAAGGAAUAGCUUAGAAGAACAUAUUAAAAAUAAUAUGAAAUAUAAAAUACAUAUAAGUAAGGAAAUGUUAAAUUUAUACAAUCCAAAUGAAAGAAAAAUUAAAAGAGAUUAUUUGAUUGGAUGCUUAUCCUCCUUAAUUAAUUAUGAUGAUAUUAAUAAUGAAAAGGAUUAUAAUAAUAUUUGUGAUUUUUUAAAAAAAAAGUCUAAUAAUAACAAAAAGAGAAAGAGCUAUUUAAGGUAUAUGUAUGAUACAUCGAAAAAUUUUCUAGAAAAUUAUAUGCCUGUGGAAAGAUGUUUCAAUUCAAAAAAUGAUGAUCACAUAUAUGAAGAAAAUUUUAAGGAUGAUAAGUCAAACUAUGAUCAUGAAUAUAGUGAUUACAACAACAAUGACAAUGACAAUGAUGAUGAUUAUAAUAAUAAUUGUAAUAGUUAUUAUAACGGUAGUAUAAAUAAAGAUGUGUUAUAUAAAAAACAUAGAGAACAAGAUAAAUUAACCAAUGAAGAAAAUAAUGUCAAUCAAUGUUUAAAAGAAUCAUACACAUAUUUAAAUAAUAUAAAAGAUAAUUUUAAUUAUUCUGGAGAUAUCAAAUGGAGAAAACAAGAUAAUUUAUUUUGUAAUAAUAUAUUAAAAGAUUUAUCAAUAUUAAAAAAAGACAAAUGUGUGAAAAAAGAUUCUCGUUUUGAAAAAAUUUUAUAUGAAGAAAUUUAUAUGAAUAAAAAUAUAAAAGCAAUGUCGAAGAAAUAUGUAAAAAAAAAAAUUAGUAGUAUAUAUAUUUUAACAGUUGGAGUAAAUGAAUAUUUCCGAGGACUUAGUUUAGCAUCUUACCUUAUUGAAUACUCUAUUUAUUUUUUUUAUUUUAUUUUAUAUAAAAUGUUUUUAUAUAAUGACAAAUUUUAUUGUUAUAUUGAUAAUUAUACAUUCUAUAGUUUGUCUAGUAACUUAAAGGAUGAAUAUAAUGAAAUAUUUGAUGAAGGGGUUAUAAGUGAUUAUUCUACAAAAGAAAUGGAAAAUAAUGAAAAAAAAAAAGAUGAAGAAGCGAAUUCUUUACUUAUAUAUGAUGAAUCUGGAAAAAUAAAUCCAAUCAAAAAUAAUGACAAUAUAUAUAAUAAUAAAAUAUCUUGUGUUGAUGAUGAACACAUUACAUAUAAUAAUAAUAAUAAUAGUAGUGUAAACGAAGAAAUAAAUGCAACAAAAAAAAAAAAGAAAAAAAAAAAAAAAUUUUACACAUUAAAAUAUACGAAUAGUUCACUUAAUGUAUGGGGGAAAUUUAAAAAUACAAAUAGUAUAGAAAAUAAUGAUAAUAAUAAUUUUGAAAUUAAAUGUAAAUCUUCUAGUAUGAAUAGUAAUAUUUUGCUAAGAUAUAUUCCAAAAAAUCCAAAAGGAAAAAAUAAUUAUAGUAUUUGUAAUAGUAUUAUAAAAGAAUGUUAUAUGGAUAUAAUAUCAAAUGAUUAUUUUCAUCAUCUAUAUUAUAAUAUUCGUAAUAAACACAAUCAACUCAUAAGAAAAGUAAAAAAUAUAAAAAAUAUAAAUAAUAUGGAAAAUGAUCAUAAAAAAAAAAAAAAAAGUAAUAGUAAUAGUAAUAAUAAAAAUCAUAAUAAUAAAGAUAAUUCAUCAUACUUUAUGACUAAUCUGAUCCAAACUAAAAAUGCUAUAUUCCCUUUUCGAAUAAAUAACAAAAUAUUAAACUUUUUUGUUAAUAAUUUUUGUGCUUAUAAUCUAAAAAAUAAAACAUCUUUUAAUUUACAAAAUGUUAAUAGUGUCAAACCAUUUAUAAAUAAUAAUGAAGAAAAUUAUAUUCUUCCGUUGUAUAUAUAUUUACAUGUUAUAGACUAUAACAAAGCAGCUAUUAAUUUGUAUAACAAAUUAAAUUUUGAUUAUGUGCAUACAUAUGAAAACUUUUAUUACAUUAAUAAAAUUGCAUUCUCAUCUUAUUUGUAUGCAUAUUUUUUUUAA